GGAGCCAAGCUUCACGAUGAGGCUCUCCCUGGUUUUUGAAUUACUUUUGAUAUUCGUGCUGCUAGCAUUCGCAGCCUCGAAAAGUGUCAAAAAACAAAACCAAAGGAAAAGCAUUCAGAACAGAAACGACGAGGACAAACCCGAUGAUGAUGGCAUUAACAAGUAUUGCAAGUGUUCCGAGGCAUUUUGCAACUGUUGCCGGGAUUUUUCCGUUCCGGUUAUAAAUUUAAAUGGCCCAGGAUGUGCGACUUUAAUGUAUCUGAAUGGCGAUAAAAUGUCGGUAUCUCUGAGCUUCGGUAAAAAGGUGAUCACGAACAGAACUCUAUCAAGUCGCAAGCCGAGUCCUGUUUGCAUGCCUUUACCUGGAGGCAUAUCAAAGUUCUGUGGACGAGUAUAUAAUAUUGCACGAGCUGGAGAAGAGUUUCGAGCGUGUUUAGGUCUAGAGCUGCAGGCAAAGAGUACUGUGGAGGCAGCAGUUAGAGUGUCAUGCUUCAAGUUUGGGCCCCGUGGAGUGACGUCGGAGCCGGCAGAUCCUCUUCCGCUUGUUCCUCAGGAUGAAAAGGAGGACGAUGAUGACGAUGAUGAUGACGACGACGACUUUGGUCUCAGUGCUGAUGACGAUGAUGAAGAAGAAGACGAUGAUGAUGAUGAUGAUGAAGGCGAACUAGACGCCGUUAACGAUGUAGAAAGUGCAGAUUAUACAGGGUUUAGUCUCUUGGGCGAAGACAUUUUAGGUGAUCUGUUUGGUUCCUCCGGUGGUAAAAAACCCAAUAAAAUUAAAAAGAAGCAAGCUCCUGCGGUUACUUCUACGACUUCGACAACUACGAGACGCCCUCGACCCUCUCGCCGCCCAUCAAGAAGACCAACACGAACAACAACUCCUUUACCAAUCAGAUCCACUACUGUAAGAGUUCGCCCAGUCAACGGUAAUCGCCGAACUACUCGCCGGCCCACUAGACGUCCAGGCAAUGGAGGGCGUCCGCAAAGGCGGACAACCACUGAAUCUACAUCUACCUCAAUAUCCACAACUACAACAUCAGCUCCAAUAGCCAUUGCAUCCGAUAUACCUGUGGUUCAAACAACGGAGAACAUAGCUAUUAUUAGCAGUAUAAAUACCGAAAAAUAUGAGCCUGUAGCUAUCAUAGAUCAGAAAGCUGAGCCAACGAUGAAAAUAACUACCCCAAAUAGUGUAACUGAGUUCAUUCAAGAUCCCAGUUUGGAGAUGUCUUUAGCGCAUAUAACCGGUCAAUUAUCAUCUAUGCAAGUCACACCAUUACAACCAAAUAAUGAAAAGGAGUCUAACUUACCGAAAAUAGAGUCUGAUAUGAAAUACGAAAAGGUAGAAACGCUCACUCCCAAAACUCCAUCAACUGUUGCUUUUGAUGUUACACCAGGAGAAGCUGUAAGCGAUGAUAUGAUACAGAUAGUCCAAAGUCUCGAUUCAAGUUCAGAAGAAAUUUCACCCACAAAAGAAUCAAUAACUGCAGACGAAAGUCGAGGACACUUUUAUAAUUUUGGUUCUCAUUAUGAAGGCCUUACCUUACCCAAAAAGAAAAACAGAAAUCCACAGUUUGCACUAGAGGAUUUGGAUGUUUUAGAUCUAACUGAAAUCGGUGAAAAUAUCGGUGAUCAAUUUGGUAUAUUUGGUGGCAAAAAGAGGCAGAAUAAACUUAAGCCAAACAAACAUCGUGACGGUAGAGACGAUGAUGAGUAUGAUGAAAUGUUUGAUGUCAUUUCGCUUGAUGCUUUAACGCGAAAAUCUGAUACAGGUAACAAAGAUAUUAAAAAAGAUCGAAGAAGACAAAACAAAAUGAUGAGAGACUUAUGGCCGGAGGCAUGA